AUGAAUCCAAGACGACGCUUUUCCAGUCAUCCUGUAGAAUGUAAUGGUCUGUAUAUUGAUUAUCUUACUGGGUGUGAACACAAUGCAAAGUUUCCUUCAAACUGCCUGUAUUCACAACUGACUAAAAGUCAUUAUGAUACAGCGUCGGAUACAUUUGAGUCAAGUUCAUCAAGUAAGCAAGAAAAAGUCCCAAAAUCAGAUAAAAAUUUACCCAUUCAUUCGAUGGAUCAAUUUAAAUCUCAUAAUUGUAUUAAUCUUAUGAUAACAAUCGAAGCUCACUUACAAGCAAAUUCGUAUCCUGAGAUCAUACUUCAAGUGAGGCCUUAG